UUGUGUUCUGGUGGUGCAAUGUCCUUGCGUCUCGUUUUGGUCCUAUUGGCCUAUUGCUUCUCACUAUCACUGUGCGAGGAAGUAGAUGCCCCUCCAAAACCCAAGUUUCAGACACCCAAUGUACCACGUGGCGCGUACUUCGCGAUGUAUUUUGAGUCACCCGGUGACAUAAACAAAUUUGUUCGGUCCACAGCUACUAAAGAUGGAGCGCCGGAAUCACUGGCGAAGUAUGAUGGAGUGUGGUCAGUCGAGGAGUUUCAUGCUGUAGAUGGAGAUUAUGAACUUCUGGCUCGAUCUAAGGCCAAACACCAUGCUAUAUCUGCCAAACUGUCUCGGCCUAUCAAGUUCGAUACAGACGAGCUGGUGGUGCAAUAUGAAGUGAGAUUUGCGGGGGGCAUUGAUUGUGCCGGUGCCUACAUAAAACUUUUGAGUGACACCCCCGGUUCUGAUCUUGCGAAAUUUAAUGACAAAACUCUGUAUACCAUCAUGUUCGGGCCCGAUAAAUGCGACCCAAACCCCAAAUUCCAUUUUAUCAUUCAAUAUAAAAACCCCAGGACGGGACAGUUCGAAGAAAAACAUGCCAAGAAAGUUACUUCGGAUUUAGACCAGUAUUUUACUGACAAGAAAACCCAUUUGUACACACUCGUGAUGCGUUCCGAUAACUCCUUCGAGCGUUAUAUCGACCAGGUAAAAGUUCAAAGCGGAAACCUUCUGAACGAUUUGGAACCGCAAAUCAACCCUCCGGAGGAAAUAGAUGAUCCGAACGACAAACGACCAGAUGACUGGGACGAUAGGGAGACCAUUGUCGAUGUCAAUGCGAAAAAGCCCGAUGAUUGGGAUGAGGAUGCCCCCGAAUUCAUAACAGACGAGAGUGCCACGAAACCAGAAGGGUGGUUGGAUGACGAACCCGAAAUGAUACCUGAUCCGAGUGCUGAAGUGCCAAAAGACUGGGACCCCGAAAUGGAUGGCGAGUGGGAGGCACCCAAGAUCAAGAACGAGAAAUGUGCACAAGCCCCAGGUUGCGGGGAGUGGCGUAAGCCGCAAAUCCGGAACCCUGCGUAUAAGGGCAAAUGGAGUCCCCCUCUUAUUGCCAACCCAGCCUUCAAAGGUGUUUGGAAACCGGCCAAGAUAAAGAAUCCUGAUUACUAUUAUGAUAACAGUCCAUUCAAAAAUUUGCAACCGGUGUCCGCCAUUGGUAUAGAGCUAUGGACCAUGAAUGAAAACAUCACAUUCGAUAAUUUCCUGAUUGUCGACUCAUGGCGAGAUGCUUACGAAUUCGCUCAAGAGACCUGGGCGCGGAAAGCCGAAGCGGAGAGGAGAGCUGAUCCCAAGGCUCAAAGUGUCAUCGAUGCGAUACGUGAUACCUACAAAGAAAAACCUUUCCUGGUCAUUGGAAUCGGGAUCGCAUGCACCAUUCCACUUUUGUUGUGCCUGUGGUUCAUCUGUCGUCCAUCCAAACGACACACACCGGCGGCCAUGCAUAAAAAGACAGAUGCGGCCACCCCGGAUGAUGUGAGACGAGACCCGACCAAAUACGACUCCACUAGACCAAUGAAACCAGCGUCUACUGAGGCGGAGGAAGCCGAGGAGGAGGACGAAGAGGAGGAAGAUGUGGAAGACGAAGAGGAAGAUGAUCUAGUUCAAGUGCCUAAUGUUGCCGGUGGUGAUGCUUCUGCCACCAAAACUGUUUCAGGAAGCAAAGCGGACCUAGAAUCGGAUUCGGAGUCUGCCGACGUAGGGGAAAAUGAACCCGCUCCCGUUGAAAAACAUUCAGUACGCAAACGUCGUUCACGGAAGGAGUAGAUUACCGGAUUCUCUGGCACGCUGUCCUUACCAAAGGCUUGUUUGGUAAUUAUGUACGAGGACUAUCGCCAUCACCGACUCCGGCGAACAAAACUCAUUCAUUUAUACGCGUUAUUUCGUUUCCAUUGUAGCCUAUUCAUUCUCAUUCCUGUCUACUAGCUGGUUGCUCCACGGCUCCCUCACCGUCAUCCCAUUUGUGUAAACACCCGCCCUCGUUCUACCUGUUUUCCAAUGAGUGUUGGCUUAGUUUGUCUAAUUGAUGGUAAUUUUGUCUCCUCUUAUCACCCUCUCCUUGCAUUCGUUUAUUGUCAUUGUUCUUCGUCGCCUGCUUUGAAUGGCGGUUUCUCUUAUCCUUUGAGAGUAAACAGAGGGCACAAUGUCACCUCUCACUUUACCUUCCGUAUCUGCUGUUUGCCUUUCCAUCUGUUUCUACUUUGGAUCGAUAGUGAUAACAAUGGAUUCCACUUUCUACCUGUGCAUAUUCAUGUGCGAUUUUAUGAGUUUGUUACACAGUGCGUUAAUUUUUCAAAUACCAUCCUUCUGGAUCUGUGAUUGUUCAUUGUUUAUCCAUAGGCUUAAAUCAAGUGGCCUUGU